CCGCCCCACUGCCCGCUGAGGUUCCUCCGCUGCCGUUGCCCGCGUUGAGUGAGAUUACAUCAAAAUGUCUCUCUACCCGUCUCUGGAAGAUCUGAAGGUGGACAAAGUUAUUCAGGCUCAGACAGCCUUUUCUUCAAACACAGCUAAUCUAGCAAUCUUAUCUGAAGCCUCUGCUCCCAUUCCUCAAGAUGGAGGCUUGUAUCCAAGACUGUAUCCAGAGCUUUCUCAGUACAUGGGACUGAGCCUCAAUGAAGAAGAGGUGCAGAGAAACUUGCCAGUGGCAGCAGCUGCUGAAUCACAGGGUCAACUGGUAACACGACCUUCUACAAAUUACAUGGUAGCUCCAGUGACUGGAAAUGAUGUUGGAAUUCGCAGAGCAGAAAUUAAGCAAGGCAUCCGGGAAACAAUUUUGUGUAAGGACCAAGAUGGCAAAAUUGGACUUCGCCUUAAGUCUGUUGACAACGGUAUAUUUGUCCAGUUAGUACAGGCAAACUCUCCAGCCUCUCUAGCUGGUCUGCGGUUUGGGGACCAAGUUCUACAGAUCAAUGGUGAAAACUGCGCAGGAUGGAGCUCUGAUAAAGCACACAAAGUUCUCAAACAGGCUUCUGGAGAGAGAAUCUCAAUGAUCAUUCGGGACAGGCCUUUUGAACGAAUUAUUACUAUGCAUAAAGACAGCACAGGCCACGUUGGUUUCAUAUUCAAGAAUGGAAAAAUAACUUCAAUAGUGAAGGACAGCUCUGCUGCGAGAAAUGGGCUUCUCACGGAGCACAACAUCUGUGAAAUCAACGGCCAGAAUGUAAUUGGAUUGAAGGACCCCCAGAUAGCAGACAUCUUGGCGACAGCUGGGAAUGUAGUGACCAUCACCAUCAUGCCUUCCACCAUCUAUGAGUAUAUAAUAAAGAGGAUGGCAACUAGCAUUAUGAAAAGCCUGAUGGAUCACUCGAUUCCUGAAGUCUGAGCUUGAGGCUCUGUCUGUACAUACCUAAUGAAAUCUCCACUCAACUUGGGCUGUUCUACUCAGUGAUUUUCCUUCUGCACAUGAGCCUUUCUGGAGGGCCCCAAGGAGCUUAUGCUGCAUCAAGCAUCUGCAUCUGUUAUGGCUGGGAAUGUUACAGGUCAACACGCUCUAUCUUGUUUAUUCACACACUGUAAAACUUGUAGCCUUACAUGCUUGACAAAUGUGAAAUUCCGGUUGUGUUCUGACUUCUAUUAGAUCUCUUAAUUUACUACUCCUCUAAGCCAUUGCAACUAAAGGAACCAGCUCUCACUUGCAAAGUUACGUGUUGUUCCCUACCCCUAGAACAAUGCUGUGCUUUGUACUUUCAGACAAAAUGAGUAUUUUUAUUGCUUUCUGUUAGCAAGAGUAGAUUUGGGAUAGCAUGUUAGAAACAUGGCUAGUACUAGUCUCUUUUUUGUUCUGGUAGAUGAUGUUUAUACAAGAAUGCCAGCUAAGCUGCAUAGAGCUAAUGACAUUCA